AUGUCCUCCGCAUCCUCUUCCAACCUCUUCCAGCCUAUCCAGGUCGGUAAUGUCAAGCUGGCGCACAGGGUCGCCCUGGCCCCUCUCACCCGAUUCCGCGCGGACGAGAACCACGUCCCCUUCGACUUUGUCCCCGAAUACUACGCGCAGAGGGGCAGCGUCCCCGGUACUCUGCUCGUAACCGAGGCGACCUAUAUUGCCAAGAAGGCCGGUGUGUUCCCUGCUCCAGGGAUCCAUGCGCCUGGUAUUUGGAGUAAAGAACAGAUCGAGCAGUGGAAGAAGGUGACCGCUGCUGUGCACGCCAAAGGCUCAUACAUCUUCCUGCAGCUCUGGGCGCUGGGCCGCGCAGCCGAUCCCGAGGCCCUAGCAAAGCUCAACCUGCCUUACGUUUCCGCAUCCGACGUUCCGCUCCCCGACAGGCCGGCCCCGCGGCCUCUCAACGUAGACGAGAUCCACGAAUACAUCGAAUUGUACGCGCAGGCAGCCAAGAACGCCAUCGAGGCCGGGUUCGACGGCGUCGAGGUCCACGGCGCGAACGGCUUCCUGCCCGACCAGUUCCUGCAGGACGUGACGAACACGCGGACGGACGAGUACGGCGGCAGCAUCGAGAACCGAGCACGCUUCCCGCUGGAGGUCCUCACAGCCGUCACCAAGGCAAUCGGCGAGGAGAGAACCGCGAUCCGGCUGAGUCCCUGGGAGCGCGCGCAUGCUAUGGGCAUGGCCGACCCGAGGCCCACCUUCACCUACAUUAUCCAGGCCAUCAAGGAACGCUUCCCCCGCUUCGCCUACAUCCACGUUACGGAGCCGCGCGUCAUGGGCGGGGCCGAUCGCGAAGUGGUACCAGCCAGCGAGUCGAACGACUUCGUGCUCGAGUCGUGGCUGCCGAAACCACUAGUCCUCGCCGGCGGAUACACGCGCGAGCUCGCGCUGGAGGUCGCGGCAAGGGGGAACGUCAUCGUCGCCUUCGGGCGGCAUUUCAUCGCGAAUCCUGACCUGCCGCGGCGGCUGAAGGAGGAUAUCCCAUUGAACAAGUACAACCGGGCGACAUUCUAUACCAACGGAACAGAGGGAUAUAUUGACUAUCCCUUUGCUGAUCAGGGAGAGAAUGGGAAUGCGACUUCGUGA